CAAAGGUCGCGGCUGGCCAGUAGGGUGGCGGGGGUGGGGCGGCGCGGAGCUCGAGCGGGGCGGUUGGGCCCGCCGGCAGAAAUGGCUCAAGAAGAGAUGGAAGUUGAUCUCCAACCAGUGGCUGGUUACUCUGUAGAGAACCUCAGGACGCUUCCCACAGAGCCUUCUGGUCACACAGCGCUGUUGUCCCGUGCUCCAGUGCUCGAUGAAGGAGGAGGCAGCGUUACAGUUCUUCCUGCUGAUGAUGCUGUUGUCAUACCAAACGCUGGUACAACAAGGGAGGCAGCUGCUGAGCCUGACCCGCAGUUGGGUCCUGCUGCAGCUCUCAACGGACUGCAAAGGCUACAAGGGGCACUUGAUCCAUAUCGGCCAUUUCACAUGCCGCAGGUCACGCAGCGUCCACGAGUGAGGAGAGCUCGCAGGCAACAGAGAAUUGGUGGUUCCCAGAGGACAAUCAGUGCCAGGUCAGCGUUGGACAGUUACUUUCAACUCAGCAGGACCCAACAGCCAGCUACAAGACCAGUUCCACGUCUGGAGUCCUCGCAUAUUGCAAGGGACAACCAGGAACACAGCUCAGACGAAACAAUAGAACUGAGUGACUCUGACAGCAGCACUUCUGCUGAGGAGGAGGACACAGUGGAGGCUGCAGCACCCCUGUUACCAUCAGCCCAGGAGACACUUCCAGCAGCUAGCUCAGUUUCCACUCAGGUCCAAGCAGAGCUGUCUCAAGCUUCUACAGAACAUGGAGGUCAUGAAGAUGAAGAGGCUGAAGUCCAGCAAAAGCAGAGAACUCCACUGAAGAAACUGGAACCAUCAGUUCCUGUUGUGCCACUGGAUGAGGAGGAAGGGGAUACUUGUGCAAUCUGCUUUGAGCAGUGGACCAAUGCUGGGGACCACCGUCUCUCAGCAUUGCGGUGUGGACACCUAUUUGGUUACACGUGCAUUGAAAGGUGGCUCAAGGGACAAGCAGGGAAGUGCCCCCAGUGCAAUAAGAAGGCAAAACGUUCUGACAUUGUGAUCCUGUAUGCUCGGACUUUGAAAGCACUGGACACCAGUGAACAGGAACGCAUGAAAAGCUCUUUAGAAAAGGAGCAAAAGUUGCGGAGACAGGCAGAGCUGGAAUCUGCACAGAGCCGUCUCCAGUUGCAGGUUUUGACAGACGAAUGCAGCAAACUCCGCAAGCAAGUUCAGGAACUGAAGGCUCUGGUGGCCCAGCACAAUGUGAGUGCUUCUCAGCAACCUGGCAGCUCCCGUACCUGCAUCCCAGGCAGCCUUCCCUUCAGCCAAAGCCAGCGCAAGUACCACUUGGAGAAGGUUUUUGUGGUGUCUCAGACUGGGAACUGCAGAGUAAUGGCAUACUGUGACUCACUCAGUUGUCUCGUGGUAUCACAGCCUUCUCCGCAGUCCACUUUUAUUCCUGGUUGUGGUGUUAAGAUGAUGAGCGUGGCCAACCUGAAGAGCAGUCAGUACAUCCCCAUCCAUAGUAAACAGAUUCGAGGACUGGCUUUCGGCAGUCGAGCAGAUGGCUUGCUGCUCUCUGCUGCUCUGGACAACACUCUCAAACUUACCAGCUUGGCAACAAAUACUGUGGUGCAGACAUACAAUGCUGGCCGUCCUGUCUGGAGCUGCUGCUGGUGUCUCGAUGAUACAAACUACAUCUACGCUGGAUUGGUCAAUGGCUCUAUCAUGAUAUAUGAUUUGAGAGACACAAACUCUCACGUCCAGGAACUAGUCCCUCAGAAGUCCAGGUGCCCCAUGGUAUCGCUGUCCUAUCUGCCCCGGAUGGCCUCAGCGUCACUGCCUUAUGGUGGAGUAUUAGCUGGGACCUUGGAAGGAGCCUGCUUUUGGGAACAGAAAGCUGGCAACUCCUACCGGCCUCAUCACCUGCCACUGGAACCUGGAGGAUGCAUCGAUAUUCAAACAGAGAUCAGCACACGGCACUGCCUCGCGACGUACAGGCCUAGUAAAAAUAACCCAUGUGUGCGUUGUGUGAUGAUGGAACUGACUUGCAGCCCACUGACAGAGGCCUCUGAAGAUGUGGUGUAUUCUUCUAACCCAGUUCAGACUUUCAGUGCUGGGCCCACCUGCAAGUUGCUGACCAAGAAUGCCAUUUUUCAGAGCCCAGAGGAGGAUGGCAGCGUCUUUGUGUGUGCUGGUGAUGAGGCAUCUAAUUCUGCCCUGCUAUGGGAUGCUGGCAGUGGUUCCUUGCUGCAGAAGCUGCAGGCUGACCUGCCUGUGCUGGAUAUCUGCCCUUUGGAAAUGAACCAAACCCACCUCCUGGCUACUCUGACUGAGAAGACGGUGAAGAUCUACAAGUGGCAGUGAGAGUGGUCCCCAUGCCUGCCACAGAGAGGCUUUCCAGAUAUGCUGCUGAUAAACCCUACUCAACCGCUCUCUCCCAGACUGCUGCCCUGCACGUGCUGCUUACAGGAGACAGGAACCACUACAGCACCUUUCUGGCAGCAGGCAGGAACUGGGAUGUGCUGGUGCCUGGAGCAAUUCCCUUCUUCCUCCAUCUUCCUUUUUAGGUCUGCCGUUACUUCUCUGGUUAAUUUUCUUCAGUCAAACUCCGCAAGCUGCCUCAGCACAGCAAUAAUUCUUGGACUGUCUCCAGCAUGUGUUGCUGUACUUUUUUCCAGUGUGAAUACAGCACAGGGAGUUGCAAAUCAAUUCUACGAAUCAACAAAAUAAGAGGAACUUGAAGACCUGAGACUCCCACUGCACUUUCUCAUGGAGUCCUGUGGUGAUUACUGGGUGAUGAAAAGGUGGCAAUAUUGGCACCUCACUAGCAUGGCUGACACUCAGUGUAAAAGCAAGGUCACUGCUUUAGAGAGCAUACUCCCAUGUUCUUUUGAAGGUCUAGGGUCAGUUGGCAGAGGAUAGACCCUGUUUUGUGGCCAUGGAGAGAACAGGCUUGGAAAAUCUAGAGAGAUCCUUUUUCUUCUGUGUUUUUUUUCCACAAGCAUAUAAUUUACACUGUAACUCCUUAAUUAUCUGCCCCCAUUUCCCUCCCUUUCUCUUCCCUGCUUCACCCACAAGCAAACUUGGACAGUUUGGUUGUGGAAAAUGAAACUAGAGAAGUACAGGUAAAGAGGAGAUGAUUCUUCUACUGUUGGCUGCUGAUGUGCAUGGUGUCCUUCCUUAAAGACAGCAAUGUACUGAAACGGACAGUACCUUGGAAAAGAAUGCUGGCUGCUUUUUUUUAGUUGGGGUGUUUUUCCCCCCUUUGAGGAACUGGUGGAAACUCAGGGAUUUCAUCAGCUUGCUUUCACUGACGUUUUGCCUUCCUUAAAUCAUAGUUGCCAGCUCACCGGCUGGUCACAGACAGCUUCCAGUUGUAUUUGAUUGCAGGUGUGCUGCAGACCUGCUGGUUUAUGUAAAUCUGAGCCCAUCACAUGGGAUCACAGGUCACGGGAUGUGUGCUGGCCAAGUACAGUGGGCUCUUAGCACCCUUACCAUAAAUACGCUGAGGAGUGUGAGAACUUCUAUCUCCAGGUCAGAUCAUGGAAGAGGACUUAGGUUUCAUUUUAUGUUUAACGAAAGCAAACUUGCAAGGAUGCUGGAAGCUGCAAGACCAGUUCCCUGUGCUGGAAAUGUAUCCCUUGGCACACCUCUGCCUCAGGCUGUGGUAAGCAGCAUCUGUCCUGUUUGGAUUGAGUGGGCCACAACUUAAACUGCCAGAACAAUUUUAUUUUCUGAAGUCUUGGGCUUGCAUAGUAUGAUCCUGUUUGUCUUCCCUCUUAAAAAUGAGAUUGAGAAGAUCUCUGCUUAACUUUAUAUUUUUCUGUAUAGAAUUUUGUUCCUAUAUUUUUAUAUACUGUAAAAAUAAAGCGUUUAUAGUUAUCAA